GGGUUUUGGUUAGGUUGUGCCAAUUUUUUUAUUGAUUAUUCAAUUUUUAAUAAUAAUUAAUAUAAAACUUUGUUUUAAAUACGAAUUAAAUCAAAAUGAGCAGCUCAAAAUACAACGACGACAGCAGUAGUAGCUGCAGCAGCAGCAGUUCUAAUGGGAGCCGAAAGAGGUCCAGGAGCAGGUCACCUGUGAGGGGCCCUUCUAGAGAGGAACCUAGAAAUGUAGGCCUCAGCGCCAAGAAUCGACUCAAAAGCAUGAGCAUACAAAUGAAAUUGUCCAAAAGCAAAACCAAUUCGGACAAUAAUAAGCCUAAAAUUAGCGUAGCGUCUGCAUUUAAUCAGGACAGUGAAGAGGAACCUGAGGAAAUGCCUGCGGAAGCUAGGAUGAGAAUGAAGAAUAUUGGACGGGGAACACCUACAUCAUCAGGGCCUAAUUCUUUUGGCAAAACGAAGCAAGGGUUUUCAGAUGCUAAGAAAAUUUUUGAAAAAAACCUAAAAGAUGCAAUGGAUUCAGCUAGAGCUGAUGACUGAAUAGGACAUUUUAAUAACUACAUUUUGUUCUACUUAUAGUACCUUAUUGAUAAUUAUUUAAUAUUGUGGCAAGGCACAAUUUGUAGAGUAAUAAUAGUAAAAUAAUACAAUUUAAUUUAUUAUAUUAUUUAUCUGUUUUGAAGUUAUUUAUAAUAAUUUUUUAAAGUGUAAUAAAGUUAAUAGUUUAAACACAGAUUACUUCUACUUUUCUAAGUCAAAUUUCAUUUGGUAAGUAGUAAAACAAAAAUGAGAACAAGAAAUUAAAAUUAUAUGUUAGUAAAAUGAAAUUAAAUUAUUAGUAAGUAGGGUAUUACAAAGGUGAAAUCUAAAUUUUAAAUUCUUUGGUACUAUCUAUAAGAUAAGUCAGAAAAAAGUUCUGUAAAAUGUGUCAGUCAGUCUCAGUUUGUAGUAGGAAUGUUGAUUUUUUCUAGUCAGCAUGAGAAUGAACAGGAAAAUCAGCAUACCAUCCAAAAGCCCCAUGGUCUCCAGUAUGCGCUCCAAAGUCUACAACAUCAUGAUGAUCUCCA